CUCUGAAUUCUGAAUGUUUAUAUUCUCUUCUGAAUUUUCAUCAAGAUCUGUGGAUGUUUUUUAAUUACAAAAUGUUUGUAUUUUGUAUGAAAAGAUUAAGAAAUCUUUGAAGGUGGUUUUUGAUCUUGUGGUUUUAUUCAUUCUCCUAAAAAAAAAGUGUGAUGUUUCUGAUCAAAUUGGAAGAGAUCGAAGUUUUCAUCUUUGAUGUAUUAAACCCAGAACUUAAAGCUCUCUCUUUUUCACCUCUUCCCUAAUAUUUUAGGGUUCUAAGGAUUAUGAUUCCCUAGUGGGGUGAUUUUGAUUUCCAAGUCGGUUUGUUUUUGCAGGUGCAGAGAUUUUGACGAUGUAUACAUAUAUGACGGAUGAGAAUAUGACUUAUAUAUGAAUAUGAGGUGAGAGGGAUACUACAUGUUGACAGAAGAGAGGGAGCACAACCCGGGAUGGGCUAAAGACUGUCUUCGCCUGUGUUGGGAGUGUACUUUCUCUUCUUCUGUCAUCAUCAUCACACAACUCUUCUUCAUCUGAUGAAUUAUAUCUGUCACCAAAUUGCUGUCAUAUGUAAGGUUUUCUUAUCUUCACUGUUCACCCUCAUAGCCAUGAGAAUGAAGCAUUGAUGUUCUUUUAAGAUUCUCCCGUGUGAAUCAUAUAUAGACUACUAGAUAAGGAUGAGAGAAAUAGAAUGCUCUUUUAAUUAGAUUACUCCUUAGAUAUGCAUCGAGCAAAAGAGGAUGAUGCCAGGAUCAUGCUUGCUUAUUCAAGUUCCUAUAUUGUGAGAUAAGUACUCAAACUCUGAGUUUCAAACCUUCAGCAUGUUUUCUUGAUCAAGAAAUUAUAUCUCAAAUGCUAUAAUUAACUUUUGUUAACACUUGUUUAGCUGCUCGUACAGAUCAGUUGAGCAAGGAAGCAAUAUUUUCAUAAUUAAAGCAAAUUGAAGCCCCUUGGGGGCAUGAUUCAAGGCAAAUAGGAGUAUAAAUGGAAGGUGAAAUGGACAAUGUCUACAUAUGCUCUAUGCUGGAAAUGGGUCUGAAGACAGAGACUACUUUGCAACAUGUGAAUCUGCAGGAGCUACAAGCAUGCAUCAAUGAACCUUAACAAGUAAUAUUGCACACACUUCUUUUGGGGAAUAACCCAAGAGCAGGAAACAAAUCUGACAAGAGUUUAUAUCCAAAAACAGUUCCCAAAUCCCGUGCAUAAAUCAAGUACAUAGAUACUGCUGCUGUUUCUUUGCCAGUGUACUCUUUCUAUUCUGCACAUGUGCUAUAUAUAUAUAUAUAUUUAUAUAUAUAUAUAUAUCUGUGUAGAAACUUGGAAGACAACAUUUUAAUAAGUACGUAUUGGACCA